AUGCUAAUGCAUCUUGUUGCCAAGAUUGAUGUUAAGGAGGAAACGCCUAUUGACCAUGGAAAAAUAACAUGCUUCAGCAUUUAUUCUGGAACAGAUGCAGAUUUUGGAAGUAAGAAACCUCGCAUCUGGGUGGAUGUUCUUGAUGCUGGUGGUGAGGAUCUUUUGAUUGAAUUUUCUCCAUUCUUUGAAGAUCCAGGCAUAAAAAAGCAAGAAAAGGUGAAAAAAGAUGGAUCUGAAGGCAAAAUGUUCUCUGUUGCUCCUGCUGAAGAGCUACAAAGAAUUGAACGAGAACCAUGGAUUUGUUAUUCUGCUUUAGACGAAUACUGGCAGCCAUUUGGUGAGCUUUUGGUUAGAAUGGAAGCUGAGGGGAUUCUGGUUGAUCGAGCAUAUCUUGCUGAGAUGGAGAAGGUGGCCAAAGCAGAAAAAGAGGUUGCUGCUAGUAGAUUUCGUAAUUGGGCAUCCAAGUACUGCCCUGAUGCAAGUAUAUGA